GUCGCGGUUCCAGUGCUGGAGCGGGCACUCACCCGCCGGUCUUGGCCCUACGGCGUGCGAGCCUAAGGGGCUUCGAUUCCGGCUCGGGAGCCUUAGACAGCAAUUGAGGAGGCCGUAUAGCGUUCGUAUUCGCCGUCGGUUUCUCUGAUGCUACUCUAUCCUGCUUGUCCUCCUACUUGUCUCACUGUUCCAUCUCAGUCUUUUCUGCUGGAUCAUCAUUUGAAUUAUGACAACUAAAGAUAAGUCUGAAGGAAUGGACUUUACAGAGGCUUACUCAGAUACAUGUUCUGCUGUUGGCCUUGCUGCCAGAGAAGGAAAUGUAAAAGCUCUAAGGAAACUUCUCAAGAAAGGAUGUAGUGUUGAUGUUGCUGACAACAGAGGAUGGAUGCCAAUUCAUGAAGCAGCUUAUCACAAUUCUGUAGAAUGUUUACGGCUGUUAAUUCGUUCAGAUCCAUCUGAAAGAUACAUUAACAUGAAGACCUUUGAGGGCUAUUGUGCAUUACAUCUUUCAGCAACUAGAGGAUUCUUGAUGAUAACAAAAAUCCUUUUAGAAGCUGGGGCAGAUGCUAAUGAAACUACUUUGGAAGAAACUACUCCACUAUUUUUAGCUGUUGAAUAUGGACAUGUAGAUGUGGUAAAGCUGUUGUUUCGGCAUGGAGCAGAUGUUAAUGGAUCCCAUUCUAUGUGUGGAUGGAAUGCCCUGCACCAGGCAGCUUUUCAGGAAUACACUCAGUUAAUAAAAUUGCUUCUUAAAAAAGGAGCAAACAUGGAAUGCCAGGAUGACUAUGGGAUCACACCUUUAUUUGUUGCAGCCCAAUAUGGAAAGCUGGAAAGUUUGAACAUACUUAUUUCAUCCGGUGCUGAUAUCAAUUGUCAAGCCAUGGACAAAGCUACCCCAUUAUUCAUUGCUGCACAGGAGGGCCAUACAAACUGUGUGGAGCUUUUACUUUCAAAAGGGGCAGAUCCGAAUCUUUAUUGUAAUGAGGACAAAUGGCAGUUACCUAUUCAUGCAGCUGCUCAAAUGGGCCAUAUAAGAAUCUUGGACAUGCUAAUACCAAUUACUGAUAGAGUUUGUGACACUGGUCCAGACAAAGUGAGUCCUGUUUACUCAGCAGUGUUUGAAGGUCAUGAAGAUUGCCUAGAAAUGUUACUUAAAAAUGGCUAUAGCCCAGAUGCCCAACCAGGUCUAGUCUUUGGAUGCAGUUCUCCAAUGUGCAUGGUCUUCCAAAGAGACUCUGGGCACUUCGGAAUGGUGGAUAUUUUUCUGAAAUAUGGAGUCCAGCUAAAUGAAAUGCAUUUGGCAUACUGUCUGAAGUAUGAGAAGUUUUCAAUAUUUCGGUACUUCUUGAAAAAAGGCUGCCCAUUGGGAACAUGGAACCAUUUGUCUGAGUUUAUAAAGCAUGCAGUUAAAGCACAAGCAGAGUACAAGGAAUGGCUGCCAUCUCUCCUGUUAGCAGGAUUUGACCCAGUCAAUCUACUCAGCAGUUAUUGGAUUCACUCAGUCGAUGAUGACAUCCUCAACUUUAGCCUGGAGUUCGCUAAUUGGAAGCGGCUUCCCCUUGCUAUUGAGAAGAUCCUCUCUGCUCGUGCAGAAAGCUCUUCCUGGGUCCCAUUGAAUCAUUUUGGCUCAGUUCCUUCCCUCACUCACCUCUGCCGCUUGGAAAUUCGAUCCAUUCUAAAACCAGAACGCCUACGAUCUGAUGAUUUUAUCCAUCAGUUACCACUUCCCACUAGCCUACAUCAUUAUCUGCUUUAUGCAGAAGUCUUGAGAAUGUAUGACGUUCCAGAACUGAAUGGAGAGACCAUUGAAAGCAGUUAAUGGCUCAAAUUUAUUACUUUGAAGAUCAAGACGGGAGUUGUGAAGUGGCUUCCUGUGAUUGGACAUUAAAGCCCAGGAAACUUGAACUCAUGUCUGGGCUUUUCCUUAGGAAACCACCUGUUGUGAAGCAUUGUUGUUGCUACGUUGCUGGUUUAUGCUAUAAACCUUAGUUAUGUUAUUUGCUAUGAUGUUCAUUUUUCUGAACCAUUUCCUCCCUCUUCAUUGAAAUUCUCAACUUUUUCAUCCUUUUAGUGAAUUUUGGCUCUGGACUAUGCUGCUGCUUCUUAACACUAGUGAUGUUUUCAUCAACUAUUUUGUAUUUACCUGGAAUAGGAAACAUUUAGUGGAAUGUAUGUAGUCUUAGUAGAGCUAUACACAGAGGAUGUUGAGCAUUUUCUAUAUAUUGGCUAUAAUGUUGAUAAAGGAACCAGAUCCUCUUUCCUGCUAUAUCCUCUUCUCAUUUCUUAACUUACUGAUUUUUAUGAAUAAUUGAUUUUUCAUAUGCAACCUCAGGGAAGAAUUCUUUUGAAAUAUGGAAAUUUGUUCAUUCUCCAAGCUUUUUCUUCAUUUUAUAAACCUCUUUAUCAAAAGGUUCCGUUUUUAAGUUUACAAGGGCAGGGACAGAUCUGGAUACAAGUACAUGCUCAAUUGAAAACAUAAUCAGACCUGUAUUGACACAAGCCUUUAAUUUGAUUCUGAAUACUAAUCAAAAUAUUGAAGGAGUAAUUUUCCACCGUUUUUAAGAAAUGUGUCUCUCCUGAGAUUUCUCACUAAAGUAUUCAGGUUAGACUUUAUGACCUUUAAAGUAUGAUUCUGACAUUCUGUAAUUUAUGAUUUAGAAUUCAAGCCUAAUUCUGGCCCUGUAUCAGAGGUUUCAGUUUUGAGCCUUUGUAACUGAGUGACAAUUCCCUUAACAUUUAGUUACAUAAAUAAGAUCAUCAGAUGACCAAAAAUUAAUACAUACACACAUACAUACAUCUUGUUCAGCUGAGGUAAUGUGGAGCCUAGAGCAAAUAAUGUUGAUAUGCUCGUUUUUUAUGACCCAAAGAAAUAUCCCAAACUUUGUACUUAAAAAGUAUUUGCUGCUGAAGUUGCAAGUAUUUGGGUUCUCCGUGCCACCGAUACACCCCCCCCCCCCCCCCCCCCCCCCGCGCGCUUUUGCCAUUGCUAUUGCUGAGGAGGGUAGUGGGAACUAGAAGAGACACCUAAUCAUUUGGGUUCAUUUGUGGACAUGUCAGAAAAUCUGAUUUGUGGUGAAGUGAAAAUUGUGGCAAUGAAUUGAAUUUUUAAAAAUGAUUCCUAAAUCUGGGCCAGACCAAGUCUUCAUUUUGUCACAGUAAUAUUCACUUUUCAAGUUGUUGUAUAUUCUUACAUAAUAUUUCUAUUUUUGCUAAACGAUCAGGAUAGAGGCAAAUAUGGGUAGAUUUUUUGCUGUGGCUAAAUCUGUCUCUCUUUUGUUUGUGUUAUUCAGAUGCACAAUAAACAAAUCUCUCUAUGGUUAACCAUUCAAGCUUGGCUCUCAAUAACUGAAUAUCAAUAAAUUGGAAGCUCUUGCCUGAAUAACUCAGGAUAAUUCUCUGAUAACUUCCUUCCAUGUGGUGUCAUACUAGACCUCAGACUUAGCAUUCUAAUUUCCAUCCUGAGGCUCUGUACUCCUGAUGGAUGAGAAUUCACUAUUUCUAGUGUCUACAUCCACUCUGACUGUCUUCCUUCAGCGCUGUCCUGCCCUGUGUCUUCUUUCUACCUCUAUCUCUGAGAUCAAUGAUCAAGUCGAUAUUAUAAUUUCUGGAAAGGAUGUGUCAAUCAGUUUUACUGUGACUCUAUUCACCAUCUUUGUGAGUUACAAAAACAAAAUAUCCCUCCCUGAAUACCACUCCCCCAUAUCUUUUGUCUUGCUUUUUUUGUUUGUAUCAAAAUCACUUAGCAUAGUGACUAACACAUAGUAAGUAUUUAAAAAAUUAUUUUUUCAUUCAUCUACUUAACCUUUGAGACAGGUAAAUAACUAUUUUGCUCACUUGGAUAAAAAUAUCCUUUUUUGAGCAAGUCUUUAAUAUAUUUUAUUGUUUUUUAAAAAUUGUUAAAUAUUGAAGGUGAACUGAACUUAGUUGGAUGUAUGUGAGAAAUGAAUAUUAAUGACCAAUAUCUUGGGGCGAUUCAGAGUUUCCCCCCUUUCUUCCAAAAGUCCUUCAGUUUUUCCUGAAAGACUUUACUGAUAAGAUUGCAUUUAACUCUUCAUUUUGGUCAGAUCCAUCCCAAAAUUGCAAGGAAUUUAAGGUGGGAAGGCUCACUGUAUUCUGCUGAGGCUUAGGUGGAGACAGAUUCUUUUGUGUAGGUAACUAAAGGCAGGGGGUAGUCUGAGUAGAGAUAAUCUUUCUGUUCAGGGGUUAUUCAGGCCUCUCCACCUCCUCCCUGCUGCCCUGCUGCCCUGCCCCCCAAUUUAAAAAGGUAUACAUUCUUUGAAUUGAUAGCUUAAAGUUAUGGUUGAUCUGGGUUAGCCAUCUCCAUUAGCUAAUUAUAUUUGCUGUUUGAACCACCUACUCUUUGGAAGGGUAUAUAAAUUGUGAGCCAGCCACCAUGAUGGUCUUUGGUCUGAGAGAGAUAGCCAAAUGACCAUCCUUUUAUUAAUAACCUGCUGGUUUUAUUAAUAAAAUGAUUAAAUUACCCAGAAACUAUGCCUCUCAACUUUUUAAUUGUCACAAUAAAUGAGUACAUUCAGUCAGCCUUAAAAGAACUAUAGUUGGGGGCAAUUAAGUAGUAGAGUGGAUAAAGCACCGGCCCUGGAUACAAGAGGACCUGAGUUCAAAUCUGGCCUCAGAUACUUGAUGCUUGCUAGCUAUGUGACUGAGCAAGUCACUUAACCCUCAUUGCUCUGCAAAAAAAAAACCCCAAAAACAACAAACCAAAAAACUAUAGUCUCACAUAUUUGCUGCUUUAUAGAUAUCAUGGUGAGUACAAAGAGAAUCAGGUAGGGAGCCUAAUUAGAAAUUCGAUAUAUUUUGGCUUUCUAGUAUUCUUUUUUAAAUAAAAUUUUAUGGGAAUCUGUAUUUAGGGAAAAAUUCUGAGCAGAUACUUAUGGGUUAAGCAAGAUGGUAGAAGAUAGUUGCAGUGGCUAGUAAAGGUCAAAGUAUUUUCUGUUGUCUACAAUAAAGGUUUUAGGCCUGAUGAUUUUAAAAAACUAUUUUCAGAAUUGCAUCCAUUAUACUGCUUUCAUAAAAUUUCAUGGAACCAAUUUCAGCAUAAGUGAUUGGUUUUAAAAAUCUCUAAUGGAGAGUGUCUUGGGCAUUUCAAAGGAGUAUGCCUUCUUCCUAAUAUCUUUCCCCUGGGUUUCUAGCACUGGAUCAUAGUUGCUACAGCUGCUUUUCUUCCCCAAUAAUUAACAUGAAGAUACAAGUCAGUAAGUAAAGUCUUGGCUGAUGUCCCUCUAUGAUCCAGGCAUAGAUUUCUCCUUCUAAGGUCUACUGGAAAGGAAAGGGCUGAAGGCCAGGAAAGGAAUGCCAGAUUCUAUACAAGUGUGAGCUAUUGUUUAAUCUCUUUGAGUUUACACUCAAAUACUGUCUAAAGGGAAAUGCAUUAUGAAUGAUCUUGGCUAAAUACAGAUUGAAUUUAUAGUAUUAAUGGCUAUAACAACAUUUCCUUACAUGCAUAAUUUAAAAAAUUAAUUUACUUUUCUUGAACAAACUUUUAAGUUUGGUUCUAGCAGGCAUAUUUUCCUUAUUUCAUAUUGUACCAUUUUUUGGUGCUUUUUGACUAUUGGUUUUAAGCUUAUAGAAUAAUUAGUUUAUUCAUGUAACUGAACAACUAUUAAGCAUGAAAUAGGCCAUCUCACUGAAGAUACCACAGCAUAAUACUUAUUUUCUUUUCAAGUCAAUAAAAAUGCAAGUGAUUUUUAUUAAGGCAUGUUUGUAAUUUGCUUUUAUGUUCUUGGAUCUU